AGUAUUAUUCAGGCCAUUUACACUGACGAAUUACAAAAACCCAAAACUCUGUAUUCUCAGACACAUAACAACAAUCUCUCUGAAAUCACAAUGAUGGACGCAUCAAAAUUGAAAGAAUUCGAAUUGUUCAUCGAUCAGUGCAAAUCCAAUCCUUCUCUUCUCGCUGAUCCUUCCCUCUCCUUCUUCCGCGACUACCUCGAAAGUCUCGGAGCGAAGCUGCCUCCCGCUUCAUACAACCAAGGCGACUCCAAAUCGAAGAGCUAUGUGGUGGAGGAGAGCGACGAUGAAAUGGAAGAGAAUGAAGGAGCACAAAAGACUGUUGAAGAGGAAGAAGAGGACGAAAUAAUCGAAUCUGAUAUUGAGCUUGAAGGAGAAAGAGUUGAGCCUGACGAUGAUGCUCCACAGAAGAUGGGAGACCGUACGAUUGAGGUUACUGAAGAGAGCCGUGAAGCUUCGCAGGAGGCCAAGGCCAAAGCCAUGGAAGCCAUCUCUGAAGGAAAGCUCGAGGAGGCGAUCGGGCAUCUGACUGAGGCAAUUUUGCUGAAUCCAACAUCAGCAAUUAUGUAUGGGACUAGAGCUAGUGUAUACAUCAAAAUGAAGAAGCCUAAUGCUGCCAUCAGGGAUGCUAAUGCAGCUUUAGAGAUUAACCCAGAUUCUGCUAAGGGCUACAAGUCUCGUGGUAUGGCAAGGGCAUUGCUUGGUCAGUGGGAGGAGGCCGCAAAGGAUCUUCACUUGGCAUCAAAGUUAGAUUAUGAUGAAGAAAUAAGUGCUGUACUUAAGAAGGUUGAACCUAACGCACACAGGAUUGAAGAACACCGUAGGAAGUAUGACAGGCUGCGGAAAGAGCGGGAGGAAAGAAAGAUUGAGCGUGAAAGACGUCGUCGUCGUGCUGAAGCUCAGGCUGCAUAUGAGAAGGCUAAGCAGCAAGAGCAGUCUUCUUCGAGUAGAAAACCUGGAGGCAUGCCUGGAGGCUUUCCAGGUGGCACACCUGGAGGCUUUCCAGGAGGUAUGCCUGGGGGCUUCCCAGGUAGCAUGCCUGGAGGGGUGCCUGGAAAUGUUGACUUCAGCAAGAUAUUGAAUGACCCUGAAUUGAUGGCAGCAUUUAGUGAUCCAGAAAUCAUGGCUGCUCUUCAAGAUGUGAUGAAGAAUCCUGCUAACCUUGUGAAGCAUCAAGCAAAUCCUAAAGUGGCUCCUAUAAUAGCAAAGAUGAUGGGGAAAUUUGCAGGACCAAACUAGAUUGUUUUUGCAACUGACAUCAAAUUUGUUGAUGGUUCUCCUGUUCAUGUGUCAUCUCCGAAAUUUUUGUGAAGCUAUUACACUCUGGACAUGGUUAUUGCAAAUCACGGUAUUGUCGUGCCAUGUAUUUGUCUGGAGGGUGAAGGCGAAAACAUAUUUCAUAUGAAAGCUUAAAAGUUUGACCCUUUUUUGUGUAUUUGGGAUCGGAAUGUAAGAAUUUUUGAAGUAAAAAACAGUAUGGCAAUAGGGCUGAGACAUAUGUUUGAAUUUCAUCCGAGUACUGGUUUGUCACUAUUACCUGGUCAGUAAUGAUAAUUUCUUGCUGGGUGGAUCUACAGAAUUCUCAAAGUAGGUUAGCUUUUCUGCUUUUGGAUUGAAAAAGGAAUGUGCUUUAAUACAAUUUGGAAUUGCUGA